AUAAUGAAAAGGCUUUUAAAAUCUCAGAGAAAAUUGGCCCCAACGUUUUUACAUCAAGCUUAUGGAGUGGAUACAUUUUUUGUCUUGAGCGGGCUACUCGCAUUAUAUACCAACAUCAACAAGAGAGUAAAAAAUAACGGAAAAACUAACUGGCUUCAAUUUUAUUUUCACCGAUUUUGGAGGCUCACUCCAACCUAUAUGUUUGUCAUAUUGCUCGUUGUGAAAUUAAAACCGUUUUGGGGGAACGGUCCACUCUGGUAUCUUGCUGCUGACACUACGACUUGUAGCAAAUAUUGGUAGAAAAAUUUGCUGUACAUUAAUAAUUGGAAAAUACAAGACUUGUGUCUUGAUCCAAGCUGGCAGUUGUCUGUUGAUAUGCAACUUUAUUUUAUAUCUCCAAUCUUUCUUCUUAUUGGAUACAGAUAUGGUCUUCGCGUACUCUUCAUGGCUGCAAGCGUUGUCAUUCUUGGUAGCAUGAUUACCACAUUUUGCAUUGCAGCUACUGAAGAUAUUUAUCCAAUGUCAUCAUAUGCCUUGUUUAGAAUGAACAUUUUUUUCCGUCCAAAGGAAGAGAUUCUACAGCUUCACUAUAAUGCAAUCGAUAUUUACUUUAAAACUUAUUGUCGUGUUCCACCAUAUGCAAUGGGAAUGAUCCUUGGAUAUUAUCUUCAGAAAUAUUGCUUGAACAAAAUCAGGAUUAAUUUGAAAAUAGUCGUGUUUCUCUGGAUAUCUACCAUAGCUUUGGCGCUGACCGAUAUAUAUGCUCCAUACAGUUCAGUAAAAGAAGAUCCUCAUGUAUGGACGGUAGCCGAAAGUGCGUUUUUCUGGGCUUUUAAAUGGUUCAUCUGGGGUCUGUUUAUAGUUUGGCUCAUAUUUGCUUGUCACUAUGGCUAUGCAGGUUGGAUUCAAAACAUUUUAGGAGCAAAAUUUUGGAUUCCUUUGAGUCGCAUCAAUUAUGCUGCCUAUCUUGUGCAUUUUGAUGUGAUUUUAGUUUUACAGUACAACAUUCAAACUCCUAUACAUUUUACUUGGUUCACUUUUGUAACAUAUUCUCUGGCUUCGUUGGUUUUAACUUAUUGCAUCGCAUUUGUCAUUACCGUUAUGGUAGAGUUGCCAUUUUCUAACAUCGAAAGUUUGGGCUGGAAAAGAUUGCAAAAACGUACAUAGAAAAAUAUGAAAGGAGAAACGUUUUGGCAGUUCACGAAGUUUUCAAUUCAAGUGAACGCAACCAAAACCCAAUUAAUUAAAACUGGUAUAUGUCUCUGUA